AAAAUGUAGUUUUGAUAAUAUUUGUGGAUAAGAAUUGCUGCUGGAUGUCAUGGCCACUACACGACAAACAGAACUGCUGCUACUUCAUCGCUUGCAUGUUCAACUUCUAAGCUAACGAUGCAGCUCAUUUUCUCCAUUAAUGUUUCUCACUUGCCCAACUCAACAGCACUUUUUGAUAUUUUGGUAAUCCUACCUAGCUUUUAUCUAGGAGAGACACAAAUUUGAACCACAAGACAAACUGAUAGAACGAGUUUCUGGUGUGGUCACCUAAGAAAGUGAGAAGCAGGGAGAAAAACUUGGUGAUUUUGCCUAAGGGAGGGGUCAUAUUUUCAUGGGUAAGCAGCAAGAGGGAACAACCAUAAGCAAGAAGCUGGUUGAAGCAUCACCAAGAGUGGAGUCACGUCUGCGUGAGAAGGACCAAAUACUUUCAGUUCCAACUUCUGUGGACUCGCAAACUCAAUCUCGCUGCCUUGUCUGUUUGGGAAACAAUGGUUGCAGGACAGUUCGUUCAAGAACCAAGCUGAUGAAUAAUUUGGCUGAAAAGGGGAAGCCUCAGGAAGCUCAUUACAUUUUUAAAAGUUUAAUAGAAGAGGGGCACAAGCCGACUCUUAUCACAUACACAGCUCUUGUAGCUGCCUUGACCCGCCAGAAAAGAUUCAAGUCCAUUCUCCCACUGCUCUCCGAAGUGGAAAAAAAUGGUAUGAAGCCUGAUUCAAUACUCUUCAAUGCCAUGAUCAAUGCCUUCUCUGAAUCCGGAAAUGUGGAUCAAGCCAUGAAAGUCUUUCAGAAAAUGAAGGAUAUUGGAUGUAAGCCCACAACCAGCACCUUUAAUACCCUUAUCAAAGGAUAUGGAAAUGUUGGUAAGCCUGAAGAAUCUCUUAAAUUACUAGAGCUAAUGUCAGAGGAUCAAAGUCUAAAACCAAAUGACAGGACUUACAAUAUUCUAGUUAGAGCCUGGUGUAACAAGAACAUAGAAGCAGCGUGGAAUGUGGUGAACAAGAUGGUGGCAUCUGGUAUGCAACCUGAUGUUGUCACUUACAACACAUUAGCUAGGGCUUAUGCUCAGAAUAAGGAGACAUACCGGGCAGAGCAGAUUAUUUUUGAGAUGCAUAACAAUCAAUUGCGACCAAAUGAACGAACUUGCGGUAUCAUUGUGAGUGGGUACUGUAAAGAAGGUAACAUGGAAAAUGCAAUGAGGUUUUUGUAUAGCAUGAAGGAGCUUGGGGUGCAUCCAAAUCUUGUUGUUUUCAACUCUCUUAUCAAAGGAUUUCUCAACACUACUGACACUGAUGGAGUUAAUGAGGCACUCACAUUGAUGGAAGAAUUUGGGGUCAAACCAGAUGUCAUAACAUUUAGCACAAUCAUGGAUGCUUGGAGCUCAGCCGGACUUAUGGACAAAUGCCAGGAAAUCUUCAACGACAUGGUGAAGGCUGGCAUAGAACCUGACAUCCAUGCAUUUAGCAUCCUCGCAAAAGGCUAUGUGCGAGCUGGAGACCCACAGAAGGCUGAAUCAGUCCUGUUUUCAAUGGGAAGAUCCGGUGUACACCCCAAUGUUGUUAUCUUCACUACUAUCAUCAGUGGAUGGUGCAGUGCAGGAAAAAUGGAGCAUGCAUUGAGUAUUUAUGAGAAAAUGCAUGAACUCAGCAUUUCUCCCAAUUUGAAGACUUAUGAAACUAUGAUAUGGGGAUAUGGAGAAGGAAAACAACCUUGGAAAGCAGAAGAAUUGCUGCAAAUAAUGGAAGAAGAGGGUGUGCGUCCUAAGAAGAGCACAAUCCAACUUGUUGCUGACACAUGGCGUGCUAUCGGUUUGCUGAGUGAAGCUAAGAGAGUUCUAAGUUACACACAAGAAGAAUGGCAACCAAAUACAAAGAAGGAUGACAUACCAGUGGAGAGAUUGGAGAGGAUUUACAAGAAGCAACAUCUUGGUGCUUCUACUUCUAAUGGAUUGCAAAUACCUGGAGUAGUCACAAGUGAUCAAAACGGGUCACCAACUGCUAAAGCUAGAAGCCAAAUGGUUCUGCAGAAAUCUGGAUUUUCAUCCGAGACUGUAUGGACAGCUACAAAAUCCUUGUUCAACCAAACAUGUGCAUUCCGGGUGCAGCCAGUGGUUGUAUGCAGGAAGCAAUCUGAAAGUCAGAUGGGGAUAUGUGGGCAGUUUGUAAAUGCUUAUCGACUUGUGUUCAUAAGCUGAUACACUGGAAGAUCAAGGUGAACUUCUUGGCUCCUGAUGAUAAUUUGGUAUAAAGAGUUGAUUAUAUUGAAAAUUGAUGUUUUACAGUUUAUACCUCUAUUUCUACUGGUCUCCAUUGAUUACACAAUUAAGUUGUUAAGAGACAGCCAUGUAAUUUCUAUACCAUUGGAAUGUAGACAAUGUGAAGAAUCCAACUGUGAAAUUGGUCAUCAAUUACAGAGAACCAUGCUUGACUCUUAAAACCA